UAUUCAUAACAAACAUUUAUUCAUUUUACAUAGUAAAACAGAUAUAAAUGAUUUUUACUUUAUUUUCUGCAUUACUCUUUUUGAGUAUAUCUCUAAUGGUGUUUUUCGGUUUUCUCUCUUCGUGAUAGGUUGAUCUAUGAUUUGCUACGUUGAACGAGGUUGAUCUAUGAUUUUCUAUGUUGAACAAAAUAUGUUUUUAUUUAAUUUUUAUGCUGUUUUUUUAAUGUUUUAUCUUUGUCUGCUAAACCUAAUAAUUUAAUUACGGCUAAACUUAAUACAGCAAAUAAAAACCCUAAUCUGUUUGGGUAUAUAUAUUGCUUGCUAGCUGUGUAUCUUUAUAUCUUAUUGCGUUAGUCUUAACACUUAAUUAUCUAAUGAUAUAUCUUGCUUCUAAUUUUUUAUGAUAGAUCUAUAAUGGUUCGUAUAUUUAUGUUAGUUAUGGUAUGUUUUCCUUACAUGUACUUUGUUUCGCUUCUUCUUCAAAGAACGAGAUGUAUCAAUUUGUCUUGAACAAGAUUCUUCAGGAGAAGGUCUUCAAAGGGAGAAGUAAUAUCGAAAGCAAAAUUGAUAAGAAGGAGAAGGUAGUCAAAGGGAGAAGUAAGAUCGAAAGCAAAAUUGAUAAGAAGGUGUCCAGUUUUUCAAACUUAGCUUUGUGAUCGAAAGAGAAAGCAGAAACUUUCAAAGGCUGAUUUGAAUUUGUUUUAGUGGCUGUACUUGCUAAUCACUCUGUACAAAUCAUAUAUACAUUAUAUGUAUCCUCGUCUUUGUGAUUAAACGAGAAAUCCAUUUUACUAUCUAUGCGCCGCUUAUUAUGGUAU